AUGCGGCCUGCUAUCUUAUUGGCAAUGGCAAUAGUGAAUGGUCCUGUUGCAAGUGACGGAAACUUUCCUGCUCCCGGUUGUGCGAUCCGUUGUUGGGAGAAUACGAAAUAUAUCAGUAAAUGCACAGACAAACACAUGUGUCUUUGCUAUGACGCCGAAUAUCAAAACGUCAGUCACACCAUAAGAUCAAGACAGCCACCAUUAAAUACUUUACCAGUAGAUCGAAUACUAACCUACAAACUGCAGUCUGUUUUCAAAUGCCUACAUUCUCAAUGCGAUACUGCUCAUUUUGGUACCGCACUACAUCAUACCAUCACUCAAUGCUUUGGAGUUGCCGACAACAUCCUUUUAGCAGCAUCUCCUCUCUCGAAUCACGAUUCCCUACGACGAAGAGAAGCUGAAUACCUCCGGGGAGUCAAGCUAGAAGAUUCGGAAUCCAUUGUGGGAUAUCCAACGCUGAGCGCACUUCCAAUGCAAAGUGCUUUGCCAUUUUCAUCUGGCGUCGCUUUUCCAUCAAUUCCACCGCUGCUAUAUCUUACGAGAGAUACUGUGACAGCGGCAGUGACAGCAUCAGUCACAGCAGCUGUUGAUUCGGUUCAAACAGCGUACAACACUGCCCCUGAAUUCAUUACGGCCAGUCCGCUUCUUUACACGGGCGACGCCCUCAGAAUAUUACCUAGUACAUUUUUCCUUUUCUUAUCUGCGUAUUGGGGAUUAUACUUGGCGAUUUGA